GCUCCUGCUUGACACAGUGUGCUGGGUGGACUGGGAUCUGGGGUGGAGACGAGCCCUGAGUCGACACGUGGGCUUUCUUUUUCUCCUUAAAAGGUUGAUAAAGAUUUUAUUCCUGGACUCAUGUACAUCCGAGACAACGAAGCCACCUCGGAGGAGUUUGAGGCCAUGAGCCUGCCCUUCACGGUGCCGAGCGCCAGCGGCCAGGACAUCCAGCUGAGCUCCAAGCACACGCACAUCACCCUGGACAACCGCGCGGAGUACGUGCGGCUGGCGAUAAACUACAGACUCCAUGAAUUUGAUGAGCAGGUGGCUGCUGUUCGGGAAGGGAUGGCCCGCGUUGUGCCUGUCCCCCUCCUCUCACUGUUCACCGGCUACGAGCUGGAGACGAUGGUGUGUGGCAGCCCUGACAUCCCCCUGCAUCUUCUCAAGUCGGUGGCCACCUACAAAGGCAUCGAGCCUUCCGCGUCGCUGAUCCAGUGGUUCUGGGAGGUGAUGGAGUCCUUCUCCAAUACAGAGCGCUCUCUCUUCCUUCGCUUCGUCUGGGGCCGGACGAGGCUGCCCAGGACCAUUGCCGACUUCCGGGGCCGAGACUUCGUCAUCCAGGUAGGCUCCUGGCUGGGCUUGGCAGCCCUGGGCUGAUGUCGGCCAGUGGUG